AUGACGUGGCGUGAGGAGCUACGUAGUCGGCAAUUCUGGCACGCCAUGCUGGCAGAGCUCCUCGGCACCCUGGUGUUGGUGAGUGCUGUGCUGGGUGCCUCUGUGCCAGGCCCUGGAGAUGCCCCUGGAGGACCCCUGUAUCCAGCGGUGGCAGUGGGUGUGGUGAUUGUAGCACUGGGACACUGUUUUGGAGAAAUAAGUGGGGCACAGGUGAACCCUGCUGUGACUCUGGCUCUGUUGGCCACACGGCGGCUGGAUGUUCUCCGGGCCCUCGUUUAUAUCAUUGCUCAGUGUUUGGGGGCCUCCUUAGGAGCUGGGGCCCUGUACCUGGCCCUGCCGUUUAAAACCACAGCAGAGCACUUUGUCAACAGGGUACCUUUAGAGCUGAAUGCAGCCAAGGCUCUGGGCAUCGAGGUCUUGUGCACCUUCCAGAUGGUCUUCACCGUUUUCUCAGUGGAGGACCAGCGAAGGAGGGAGAGCCCAGAACCAGGAAACCUGGCCAUUGGACUAGCACACACUGCUGGUGUGCUGAUAGGGGCUCGGUUCUCUGGCGCGAGUAUGAAUCCCGCCCGCUCGCUGGGUCCAGCCAUCAUCACAGGCUUCUGGGAAGACCACUGGGUUUACUGGAUCGGGCCGGUGCUUGGCGCCAUACUGGCAGGGAUGUCCCAUGACUUCUUCUUUGCACGCAGCGCCUCUCGUCAGAAGCUGGUGGCCUGUUUGACCUGUAAGGACAUCGAGAUCGUGGAGACAGCAAGCAUGACCGGAUCGUCGCUGUCUACAGUCACGCAGAAUGCCAUGAGAGCCAAGCAGGCCAGCAAGCAGGAAAACAACUGA